AUGAUAACAGAUUCGGUAAAAUCUGAAAUUAAUUUUUUCAUUGCUCAUAUUAGGAAAAAGGAAUAUUCUGUAGCAUUGCUCAUGUUUAUAAAAACCCAAAUUUUCAAGAUGGAAUAAAAAUUCCUAGAAUUUCUAUUUUCAAAAUCAAAAUAAUGUUCAUUUCAGGCUAUAGUUUUGCGAACUGCUUAUUCAACUCUCAAAGGACAACUUGUUCGAUCUAUUAUGUAUCCAAAACCAAUUGAUUUUAGAUUCACCAAAGAUUUGUUCAAGGUAAUUUUCAUCUCCUCCCACCUCCUCCCUAAAAUAUCCCUUUUCCAGUUCAUUCUGUUCCUCGCUUGUAUUUCUGGCCUCGGUUUCAUUUACACAAUCAUAAUAAUGGUUGGCCGAAAGAAAACUCUUCACAAAAUCAUUGUUCGUGCUCUUGAUAUCAUCACAAUCACAGUUCCACCAGCUCUACCAGCCGCAAUGUCAGUCGGAAUAAUCAAUGCUCAACUUCGUCUCAAAAAGAAGCAAAUAUUUUGUAUUUCUCCCUCAACAGUUAAUACGUGUGGUGCCAUAAAUGUUGUAUGUUUCGAUAAAACGGGUACACUUACCGAAGACGGGCUUGAUUUCCAUGUUAUUCGACCAAUUCAAAAAGGCAUCGAUAAAAUCGUCAGUUUUUUGAGUGAAGUUGUUGAUUUAUCAAAUCGUUCAACACUUCCAUUUGAUGGAGAAAUUGUGAAAGCGAUUGCAACGUGUCAUUCAUUGACUAGAAUUAAUGGAGUACUACACGGUGAUCCGUUGGAUUUGAUUUUGUUUCAAAAAACUGGUUGGAGUAUGGAAGAAGGAGAAGUUGAAGAAGAAACUCAAUUAUUUGAUAAUGUUCAGCCAUCGAUUAUAAAACCAAAUAAAGCUGAUAAAUUCCCAGAUGCUGAAUAUUCAGUUAUUCGACAAUUCACAUUUUCAUCAUCAUUACAAAGAAUGUCAGUUAUUGUUUUUGAUCCAUCAGCUGAACGACCAAAUAAUAUGGUUUUAUAUUCAAAAGGAUCACCAGAAAUGAUUUUAUCUUUGUGCGAUCCGAAAACUGUUCCUGAUGAUUAUUUGGUAAGUUUUGAAAGUUUGGUAGUUUCAAGAAUUUUUUGAAAAUUUCAAUUUUUCUAGACUCAAGUCAACGCAUAUGCUCAACACGGUUUCCGACUAAUUGCUGUUGCUCGCCGUUCCCUCGAUAUGAAUUUCAACAAAGCCUCAAAAAUCUCGCGAAACCUCGUAGAAUGCGAUUUGGAAAUGCUUGGCCUAAUUGUUAUGGAAAAUCGAGUGAAACCGGUUACUCUUGGUGUUAUAAAUCAAUUAAAUCGAGCCAAUAUUCGAACUGUUAUGGUGACUGGUGAUAAUUUAUUGACUGGUCUAUCUGUUGCUAGAGAAUGCGGAAUUAUACGACCAUCAAAAAGAGCAUUCCUUGUUGAACAUUUGCCUGGAGAAUUGGAUGAAAAUGGCCGAACUAAAUUGAUUAUUACACAAUCUGUGUCUUCUUCUGAUGAAGUUAUUGAUGAUAGCGAAUCGGAAAUUCGAAGUUGGAAAUCUUCAUUGAAUGGUGGAUUGCCUUCAAUAACUCAUACUGAAGCAAGUAUUUGUCCAGAAGAUAUUGGAUCAAUUGUUGAAAGUAGUUAUCAUCUUGCAAUAUCUGGCCCAACAUUUGCUGUUAUUGUUCAUGAAUAUCCAGAAUUAGUUGAUCAAUUGGUUUGUGUUUGUGAUGUUUUUGCAAGAAUGGCACCGGAUCAAAAACAACAACUCGUUGAACAUCUUCAAAAUGUUAGUUAUACUGUUGCAAUGUGUGGAGAUGGUGCAAAUGAUUGUGCUGCUUUGAAAGCUGCACAUGCUGGAAUUUCAUUAAGUGAUGCUGAAGCCUCGAUUGCUGCACCAUUCACUUCGCGAGUUGCUGAUAUUCGAUGUGUUCCAACUGUUAUAAGUGAAGGAAGAGCUGCAUUAGUGACAUCAUUUGGUAUCUUCAAAUAUAUGGCUGGAUAUUCAUUGACACAAUUUGUGACAGUUAUUCAAUUAUAUUCGAUUUUGAAUAUAUUAACUGAUGGGCAAUUUAUGUUUAUUGAUAUGUUUCUUAUUACAACAUUUGCAUUUUUGUUCGGAAAUACUCCAGCAUUUUCAAAAUUGGCGAAUACACCUCCACCAACUCGAUUAUUAUCAGUUGCAAGUAUGACUUCAGUUGUUGGACAAUUGAUUAUAAUGGGAGCAUCACAAUUUCUUGUUUUUCAAUCGAUCACAUAUCAACCAUGGUUUAUUGAAUAUCAACCAACACCAGAAGGUGAAGAAGAAGAUAAGAGAAGUAUGCAAGGAACUGUUACAUUUUGUGUUUCAAUGUUUCAAUAUAUCACACUUGCUUUGGUUUAUUCAAAAGGUCCACCAUAUCGCGGUUCAAUUUUAUCAAAUAAACCGCUUUGCGCACUCACUGUUUUUGCAGUUUUGUUAUGCAUUUGGAUUGUUAUGUGGCCACAUGAAUUGGUCAACACAUUUAUUGGAAAUGUUGAUAUUCCUUCGACAAACUUUCGCAUUUUCAUACUUUUGGUUGCCGUUGCAAAUUCUUUUAUUUCUUAUAUGUUUGAAGCGUUUUUCGUUAAUCGCUUUCUUCUUGGUUAUUGGGAAAGGUUCGUUUUUUUUGGUUUGUUUUUUUCAGAAAUGGGAUACGGUAAUUUUAUGAAUUUUUAAUGGCAAAAUGUGAAACAUAUAAUUUUAUGAAGCUUGCGGGGUACUGUAAAUUCAUAAAAACAACAUAGGGAAACGUUUCCUUGUUUUUUAUGUGGGAAAUCGGGAAUACGGUAUAUUUUCCAUAAUUUGAAUCAUAAUACAUGAUUUCAAUAUUUUAUGGGAAAAUAUCGCGGAAGUUUUUGCAUAUGAUUUUUUCCCGAAAUUUUAUUUCAUGGGGGACCAGGCUGUGAAUAAGGUUUUCGGAAAAUAUACGAAUUUAUUUUCACAUUUAUGUUAGGAGAACUUUGAAGAAAUAAUAGUCCUAUUCAUUUUUUGAGUUAUCUCAACUCAAUUUUUAGCAAAUAUAUUAUUUUAGAUUUCAACCAAAGAUUGUUUUUUUUUGGAAAAUGGAAUACUGUAGGAAUUUUUCCAUAAUUUGAAUAAUGCAAUUUUCUAUGAAAAAUUCUCGGGAAAAUUGUUCACAUAACAUGAUUUCCAAAUUUUUAUAAGGGACUUUGAAUACUGAAAUUCAUUUAAAAUACAACAAGUUUUUCGAAUACUAAAUUAACAUUCCAAAUAUAACCAACAUUUAUUGCAGACAUAAGAAAAAGAGAAGCAUCGAAAAAAUCACGGUUGAUUAUGUUCCAUUGGCAACUGGAAGAAAUGGAGAAAUGCAAACUUCUCGAACUCAAACAACUUUGCUUUCUGAUGAAUUGAUUAUGACGGCUGAAAAGAAGAAACGAAAUGAAAAUGAGAAUGAAAGGUAACUUUUUUAGUUUUUCCAGUUCCCGAAAACAAAAUGUUUCAGCGAAGACAGUGCUCUUUUCGAACGCAUAAUUUCACAAAUUGGAAACGAGCCAAAUUUUAUCGUGGAUUCAUCUAAAACAACUAAUCUGAACCACGUUGGUAAUAAUAUUCAAACUCUGGGAACGAGUUUUUAA